AGUUGCCUCAUCUUCAUCUAAAUCAACCACUUGCAAAAUGGCCGCGACACUGUUCCUGAACAACAGUCACGAUCUAGAUCUUCUGCUUGGAUUUCUCCAUCUACCUCCAAAAUCGAUUGAAAUUAGCAAAAAGAAAAGGCAUGGAAGCCAAGAAGUAUCGGGUCCAGCAUUUCAACAAGGAGAAGCUGUAGUAUCAGGGAUUUUUACUGUUGCUAGACAACUUGUCAAAUUUGCCGCCAACUUAUCACCUGAGGCAAAAGUUUUGAAUGUUUCAAAUGUGCUUGAAAACUCACAAAUUCAGCAAUGGCUCCUUUAUUGUGAAACUCAUCUCAAACCAUCACUAAAUGAUUCGCAAGAAAUGCAGCACAGAGCAAAGGAACUCAAUGACCAUUUCUGUAGCCAAACCUUUGCUGUAGGGAAUCAUAUUUCUUUGGCGGACCUCUUCAUCUUUCAAGCAAUACAUCCUUACAUGAUUACACAGUCAUUUCUGGAAAAGGAGAGACUUAUACACAUUUCACGGUGGUUUAAAAAUGUGCAGCAUACACUCAAGGCAGGACAAAAGUUUUCCCAUGUGCCUUUCCACAGAACAGAGUUGUACAGCAAAUAAACAUAGAUGAAACCUCAAAAAUAUUUUUCUGCCAAAAGACAGUUUCAAUUAAAUUGUCUUUAUAAUGAACACUUUUAUCAGACAUCAAAAUUAAGAUUUUAUUAACAAGAAACAGGUUACAACUUUCUUGUCCUUCUUCAAUACCGACAGCACUACUUUAUUUCUGCCAGUAGAUUUUUAAAAUGCAGGGAUUCUAAGUUAAAAAAUGUUAGGGUUAGGCAUGGUUGUGAUUUCAAAUUUUUCAUGCAAAAUUUCCCUAUUAAAAUUACGAAAGACAUCAAAAAAAGUAAACUUGCAAAGAAAUCAGGGAUUGCAUGUUUUUGAUAAAAAAAAGUCAUAUGGGUUAAUUUAAAAUACCAAUAUAAGAUCAAGCUGAAAUUUAAAUUAUUUCAAGGUAUUUCUAAAUAUUUACAUUUUUGACCUUUUCAGCAAUAUAUUAUAAACUUGCUAGUAAAUCAGAAUUUUGAAAUAAAAUCAAAUAAUUUUACAUUUAUACAUUCAGAUAAAACAAAAUACAUUAUUACAACGAGUAAUAAAUUAGUCUACAAGUAAAAUUUUGCCUAUGUCUACAACUACAAGUAUAUAGAAAUACCUUGAUUACUUUAAUGUCUUUUAUACUUAUUAAAAAAUGUGAUGCAUUGAAAAGCUUAGAUCUGCUUUACCUAUGUAGCAAACAAUAGUCUUAGUGUGUUCCACAAUGUAUGAGACUUUGUAUGCCAUGAAGUUCCAUUGAUAAACAAUGCAUGUAAA